CAACAGUUACAUUAUAUUAGAGAAUUUUGUAAGAUGGCGGCUACAGCUGUUCCAAAGUAGUGAAUUUUUAGUUCGGAUUAUUUUUUUUCCAAUAAAACACCACAAAUACAACAAACAGUUUCCUGAUUUUUAUUUGAAAUCUUAAAACUUUGCAUUAAAUCUCCUGAAAGUGUUUUUUUUUUCUUAUUUGUUUCUGUCGUGUUUUUAUUUUAUUCAAUGAAUCGUAUAUCUCGAAAACUUAACAAUAACACGAAUAAUGGCGGAAACAAUAUAUUUAAAUAAUGUUUUAAAUUUUAAAUAAAACGUAAAAGAAAAUAUAUAGUGUUUUUAAUUGUUUUUCAUUUAAAAAUGAAAAGAAAAAAAGGAGCAAGCAAAUAAAAAAAAAAUAAAAAUAUGCACAUCCUUUUCUUUAACACCAAUCCCUCAAAUAACACAAAAAAAGUGUUUCCAUUUUAAUUUAGUAAAAAAAAAAUAAAUGUGUUCUUCUAUCAUCAUCUAUAUUGCAAUAAAUAAAAAGUAAAUAGAAAUUAAAAAAAAAAUAAGAAAAGUGAGCAAAUUAAAUAAAAAAUAAAAAGAAAACAUAAUAAAGCAACGCAAAGAGAAAAAGAAAACAAAGCAGCAACACAGAAGAAAACAACAACAACAACAAAACGGUUUAGUUUUUCUGUUUUCUUUAUUUUAAUUAUUUUUUAUUUGUUUGAAUUUCGAGUGUGUGGUGAAACAAAACGACUCCGAACAAAAUGUCAACGUUCUUGAAUAACUUUUUCCCAGCAGAUACGGCUGCUAUGGAUCCAAUUUUCUACUCUCCAAGUAAUGGAAUCCCAUCGGAAAGUAAACUGGCAACAUACAUGAACCGACAAAAUGUUGGAACGCCAACUUAUGGCCUUUCUUCGGGGUUUUCUCUUAUUAACUUGGACUCACCUUUAUCAAUUAAGAAGGCUCAGGUUACACCGCAUUCACCCGAAUUCAUUCCAUCGCGAAUAAAUUCAUCGCCAAAUUUUUACUCACCAUAUCAGCCGAUGUUAAGUAAUGGCGUUGGCAACACUGGCCUAUUGGGAAAUGGAAAUUCUGGCCAAAAUCAGGCCCCCACAACGCCGGUUUCGGUGAAAACAAAUGCCACACCCAAUUUGGGAUUACAGAAAAGCGUUAUAGCUGCUGCUGUACAAAAACACCAACAACAACAACAACAGCAGCAGCAGCAGCAACUUUUACAACAACAGAUCCUUCAUAAGUCACAAUCACAACAGCAGCCGCAAUCGCAUGCAGCGGUUGUAACAAAUCUGGUUAAAAGUGCUGCCGCAAAUCCGCAAAUUACAGCCACAAAAGCACCGACCGCAACACAAUCGUUUGCGAUGACUACCCCACUGAAGCAGCGUCAUUCGCCCUCCAGUGUUGGUGAGAAAUCACCGCCGCGGAUAUCACCGCAUGGGUCCCCUAUUCCGAAUACACUCUCCUCCGCCAAUGUACAUCAGGAAAACGUUGGUGGAACGAUAUAUUUUUACCCGACUGCCAAUCACACUUCCAGCCAAAAUAGUAGCUCGGUAAGUAGUGAUACUGUCGUGGCGCACGCUCCAACCGUUGUGCCUGGAGGUGCAACCAUAACUCCCUCUCCAUCAGUACUAUACACUGGACAUGUGUAUCCGGGACCUUCGUCGAAUGUCAUCAGCAUGCAGCCGAAGACCCAAUUGGAAACGGCAUUCUUCAUACCCGACGAGAUGCGUUCCGAAAUUCUCAGCCGCAAUGAGAUCUCCAACUUUAUCUUAGACACAAGUGAUGCAGCUAAUUCGAAUAUACCCCUCGAAGUGGACAAUUAUCACUCAUUAUAUCCCCUGGAGCCUCCACAAUUGCAUCCCAAGAUGACAAUGCCAACAUCUACUUAUAAGGCAACUCACAGUACGACAGGAAUUAAGUACACUCUGAGGAGACUUCAUGGUUUUCGUCUGCAAUCGACUAAAUGUAUGGCAGUUGUUGAGAUGUGGAAAAAACUGCAACACUCAAACGUUGUCCAGCUCCGAGAAGUCUUCACGACAAAAGCAUUUGGUGAUAAUUCAUUAGUAUUAGUUUAUGAUUAUCAUCCAGGAUCACAGACCCUCUUGUCCAAGUAUUUCACACAAGCUGCCGAAAAAAACGGCUACUCAGAUCCAUUCCCCGGCGAAGCGAGACCUUUUAGUCAUAAAAGCAAUUUGCAAAGAACUAGCAAUGGACCAUUGCUGCCGGAGGCGACAAUAUGGGCAAUUAUUAUGCAAUUAACAGCUGGAUUACGUGCUGUACAUCAAGCUGGACUCGCUUGCAGAGUCUUGGACCCAACGAAAAUUAUUGUUACUGGUAAAAGGGUGCGUUUUAGUUUUCCCGGGAUCACAGAUAUUGCUACAUUUGAUCCAAAUGCUGCUAAUCAAUUGGCUGUAGCUAGCAUGCAUCAGCAGGAGGACCUCACAGCUCUUGGACGUUUAGUUUUAGCACUAGCAUGUAGAUGUCUGCAAUCUGUGCAAAGAGAUAGUGUACAAAGCAGCAUUGAUUUGGUUUCCAGACAUUAUUCGUCCGAUUUAAGAAACUUUAUAGUAUAUUUAUUCACAACCACACAAAGACGCUCAGUGACUGAUUUGAUGCCAAUGAUUGGUGCUCGUUUCUACACACAAUUGGAUGCAUUACAGAGCCAGUGUGAUAUGCAAGAGGAUGAAUUAUCUAAAGAAAUGGAAAAUGGCCGCCUCUAUCGGAUAUUGGUUAAAUUAAAUUGCAUUAAUGAGAGGCCAGACUUCAAUUUGGACUGUACAUGGUCUGAAACUGGUGAUAGAUAUAUGUUGAAGCUAUUCCGUGAUUAUUUAUUUCAUUCCAUCACCGAAGAUGGUCGACCAUGGUUGGAUCACGCACACAUUGUUCAGUGUCUAAAUAAACUAGACGCUGGCUCAUUGGAGAAAGUCCAAUUGAUGUCUCGAGAUGAACAAUCUGUUCUCAUUGUCACUUAUGUAGAACUCAAAAACUGUCUUGAGAAUUCAUUUGCUGAAUUGAUGGCUCAAGCAGCCACAUAAUAAAUGCUUCCCAAAUUAUACAUCACUCCAACAAAGAAUUUUCCUUCUCCCAUAUAAAAACAAAAAUACAUAAAAACAAAACAAAAAUUGCAAAAACAAGAUAUUCGUUAUAUAAGCUAAAAAGUGUAUUUAGGAAAAAAAUCAAUGCAAUAUAUCUCCAGGUAAAUCCAAAAAGAUUAUUUAAAAAAAAAAAACAGGAAA